CGAUCUGAACCAUCGAUUUUCCAAAGCCAGAAGCCAAGUAGCCUUGAGAUUAAAAAUAUGCCACUUCCUCCCACACCCUAGACAUCCUGAUAGCGGGAGUUCGUUGAUCCUUCACAUCUAUCAUCCCUGACUGCCUCAACUCACCAUGACCUGGAACAAGAUCGAACACAACUUCAACUCUCCGGAGCUCGAUUACAGCUCCGAGGGCAAUUUCCAGCAGUGCAUCAAAGUGUCUGUUUUUUUCAAGAAGAUCGAGUCAAUUGACUAUGAUACUUUCUUUGGUCAUUGGCGUACCGUUCACGCGGAUCUCGCUACAGCGACAAACGCGUUCAAAGAUCACAUCGUUCGAUAUACUCAGCAUCACCAGACCCCAGAGAUGAAGGAACGCGCCAAAUCACUGGGAGAGAAAUUUCUGGAGUACGAUGGAUGCGCUCAGUUGUGGGUCAAGACAUGGGAUGACUGGCUUGCUUUCUACAAUAGUAAGGAGUACGCCGCAGCACUGAAAGACGACUGUGACGUUUUCAUGGCAUUACCCAUGACUUACAUGGUGGGAUAUGAGAACAUUGUCGUUGGCACUACGGCCAAGGAGCUGGGAGGAAAAGAUGGUAUGAAACCAAGGUUGAAUGCUUGAUUUAAUUGGUAGAAUAUCACCGCAAAACAACUAUCAU